CACUAUUUUAUAAAUACUCAAAGAGUAAAAGAGAGUUUUUAUUAUUCAAGGUGUGUUACAAUGGCCAUAGGGCCUGAGUUUAUAUAGGUUGAUAAAGGAGACUCUAAGGUCUCUUAUUCACACAAAUCAAAGGAAAACAGGAGCCCCUCAUUGUUGUCCUUUUGGUGGGGUAAAAUCAGAGAUGGGGGUGUGGUUGUAGGGUCUUUAGUGAAGGUACAUCAGGGGGGAAAUGAAUGGCAUCUCCUUUAGUGAUUUGGAGGGAAAUAUUUUUGCCAAGUGGGAAGGGAUUGUGCAGGAAAUGGCUGGUUUUCUUUUGGGGGCUUCUUGUGGGUAUUUUAUGGGGAACAAGGUGAGGUUUGAUUGGUGUAAUGGGCAGGGAUUCUUGGCCAAGGGUGAAGGGAAAGGGGAAGGGAAUGAUGUGAUUUUGGACUUAUGGGUUUGGGAUAUUGUAAGGGAAAUAUGGGCAGGAAUGAAUGGGACGCAGGCUCCAUCCGGUAUUCUUCUCUCAGUUUCUUCAUGUCCACUUCAAAGAAGAGAACAAUUCGUCCUCGUCACACUUCUUCUCGUGCAGAAUCUUCAAAUCCGGGCAAUUCCUCAGUACACUUUUGAUGAAAGGCUUUGUUGGGAAGAAAUGGGUUUUCAUCCUCAGCUCAAUGAUUCGGGCAGGCCAAUGGUUAGCGGGAUGCAGCCCCCUCAACGUUUGCUUCAGUACAUUUGUUCUUACAUCAUGCGGGGUCAAGCUGGAAAUCAUCCCCAAAUGAGCAAAGACGAUUCUAUGCUCAUUUAUGCAAUUCUUAAACCCGUCAAAGUCAAUUGGGGUAAGUACAUUAUGAGUUAUAUGCAUCAUUUCCGUGCCAGAGCGAGAGCUCUACCCUGUCCCAUUCUUCUUACAUUCUUGUUGAAGAAAAAGGGAUUUGUUUUUACCAAUGAGGAUAUGACACCUGAGACACCGUUUUGGAGGAUCAAACGGGAAACUGUGAUGCGGGCUAUGCAUGAUACAAAUGACGAGAAUCGUGCGAGUUCUGGGCCAUCCGAACGCCAGUAUGCCUCAUCUAGUGGAAAGGUGACCCUGCCCAUGCUCUUUGAGUCGUUGCAAGAUAUUCGCCGUCAACAAGCAAUUCAUGGGUAUAAUUUAAACAAGUUAUUGGUAAAACAUGGUGAGCAAUGGGAGUCUCCAUCUAUGGAUAUGCUUCAACCAUAUAUGGGUCAUGGUUCUUCCUCCUCCACUUCGCAUGCGGCUGGAAAUGAUGAUGAUGAUGAUGAUGAUGCCGAUGACGAUGGUGAUGAUGAUGCUGGUGAUGCAACUACUCUUGUUGAUGCCGCCAUGGAUGCGGAAUGAGUGGAUGGGGCACUCAUGUUAUUUUCUAAACUAUUUAUCUAACAUUUUCUCUUUUGUCUUUGUUAUAUGUGACUUUGCUAUCUCCCAU